AUGAAAAUGGUGGUGAUUGCACCAACUUCAUCUCAGCCUGGGAUGUCUAAAACUAGAAGAUCUGAAGUUGACCUUCAAGAGGAAAUUAUUCCAGAUGCUAAUGAAAAAACUAAUUAUCAAUCCAUUCUAGACACUGUGAUUCUUAAUUUGAGGGGCAGAUUCCUCAAGGAAGUAAUAGGGAAAAUGAUUUGGAUAAUGAUCAACUCAAUUCUCAAAAGAGGAAGGCUUCCUUCUCAGUGGGAGAUCAUGAUGCUGAAGAUGGAUGUUCUGCAACUAAUGAUCCUUCAAGACAUCCUUUUAAGAAACAAAAGAAAAGCAAGCUUAUCUUUAAUCUGA